AUGGAAUACGAGCAGGCGACCACUUCGCAGGAGCAGGAAGAACCCGUCUAUGCUGAGUUGAAAACCGUGGUGCUUGAAGAAGUUCCUGAUGAUGCCACCUUGCAGGCAGGAACUUCUGGCGCGAUCGACGGACAUUUCGUCGAGAACGCUGGCUUGGCCCAGGAUGUUCAAUUUCAAGUGGGUGAGGAUAUUCCUGGAUUUUACGAUGGACCGUGGACACCUGGCCAGGACAUGGUCCCUGAGUUUCCAGAGUAUCCUGAGCAACCUGAGCAACCUGCUGAGCAGGCCCCCCAGUUUCCUCAGUAUCCUGAGCAAGCUCCUCCUGAGCAGGCCCCUCAGCAUCCUCGGUAUCCGGUGCAACCUGAGCAACCUGCUGAGCAGGCCCCUCAGUAUCCACAGUAUCCUGAGCAGCCUCCUCCUCAGCCAGAAGGCAUCAGACCUCAACAGCAGCAUCUCAAUGUCCCCUCAAGCAUCUCAAUGGGCCCUCAGUAUCCACAGGCCCCUCAGUAUCCUCAGUAUCCUCAGCAGCAUCCUGAGCAGGUUCUCUCUCCAGAAGAGAUCCAACAUGAACGGGACCAUCUCAACGGCCAGAUUCAAUACGUCAGGGGUGCAGUUGCCGAGGCAAUCAAGAAGCAGCCCUCUUUGAGCGGCAUGUAUCAGCACAUCCACUGCCUUGCCAUCGCAGAAUGUUUCACCAAGGAGUUCGCGGAGAUUUAUACCAAUAUCUACGUGCACUUCAUGGUCGAGCACAACCUCUCUCGACAACCAACCGAGGAGCUCAACAAAAUGGGCUCUCAGAUCGCGUUGAAUUACGUGAUCAAUUACUCGUGCGUGUUCAGUAAGCCCUAUCAAAACUACCCGCCGCCCCACCACCAUCAAUUCCACCACCAUCUUCAACACCAACAGCAUCAUCAACAGCUCAUUCAAAAUACUCCUGGGCCAUCAAGAAUGAUGCAUUGGCCUACAAGACAGCCCAUUGUCCAAGACCUGAAGUGGAAUCGCCAGCUCCAGCGAAUGCAGCCACAGUCACAGCCAUCUACUUCGGGCUAUUCCAACCAAGGAAAUUACUCAGGACCACCCCGAAAAAUCCUCAAAACUGAACAAGUGGCUCAGCAGGAAGAUGACGAGGAGGAAAUGGCAAUCCUCGAAGAGGUCCCCACUCCUCCAAUUCACACUCUUCCCCGUGACGACGCUAAGUUUGGAAAGUGGCCCUUCGAGCAGCCAAACGCGUACGGCUACAUCAACGACCCCAAAAAGCCGCACGAUCUCUUCUCGGUUUUCGAGCCGCACUUGAUCCACAAGGAUUUCCAGCACAUGGAAAGAAUGAAGGCGGCUAAAGAAGAGCAAGCAAAAUCCGCCCAGGAUGAUCAACCGGGGCCUUCGGGACUCCAAAACAUCAAGACCGAAAGAGCCGCGGAAGACGCUAUCCCCGCCCCAGGCCAUGGCUACACUUGCUUGCCCGUCCAGUGCGACGUGAUCAAGCCAAAGUGCAUCAAGUUGCUGGACGGCACCACCUACGUCAACGGAGUUGAAGUCGACAAGAACUCCAUCGUCCAGAAACAAACUUACAAGAAGCUCCCCUCCUUCGUGCCCUCUGUCACUCGCUCACAAGUUGCUGCUGGCGAGCAAAUGGCUGCGGAAGGAGAAGAAUCUCCAUUCGACCCCAAGCCCUACUGGAACACGGAUGCUGCUUUUUAA